UCCGAAUGCGGGUGCGGGGGAAAAUGCCGCCUCCCUUUGUGGUUUGGUUUGAGAUACAAGAUGGCUCCGGUGUUGGAGAAGAAGCUGCUGGGUGCAGCCGGGACAGAAGGCCACAACAUGGACAACAGCGCCGAGGAGGAUGAGGGACAAAACCUGUGGUCCUCGAUCCUCAGCGAGGUGUCGACGCGAUCCAGUACCAAACUGCCGUCUGGGAGGAACAUCCUGCUCUUCGGUGACGAUGGAUCGGGGAAAACGACGCUGAUGACCAAACUGCAGGGAGCGGAGCACAAUAAGAAGGGCAGAGGACUGGAGUACCUGUACCUGAACGUGCACGAUGAAGACAGAGACGACGUGACGCGCUGUAACGUGUGGAUUCUGGACGGAGACGUUUAUCACAAAGGCCUGCUGAAGUUUGCCGUGUGCUCCGAGUCUCUGAAGGACAGCGUGGCCGUGUUCGUGGUGGACAUGUCCAGACCCUGGUCCAUCAUGGAGUCUCUGCAGAAGUGGACGAGUGUCCUGAGAGAACACGUGGACAAGCUGAAGAUUCCUCCCGAGGACAUGAGGGACAUGGAGCAGAGGAUGGUGAGGGCGUUUCAGGAGUAUGCGGAGCCCGAGGAGGCGACUCCGUCCUCCCCUCAGAGACGAAGCGCUCCUGCAGGAGGAGAUGACGAGUCAGUGGUGCUGCCGCUGGGAGAAAACGUCCUCACGCACAACCUGGGAAUCCCCGUGCUGGUCGUCUGCACUAAGUGUGAUGCUGUCACUGUGUUGGAGAAAGAUCAUGACUACAAAGAGGAGCAUUUUGACUUCAUUCAGUCGCACCUCAGGAGAUUCUGCCUGCAGUAUGGAGCUGCUCUGAUCUACACGUCUGUAAAAGAGGAGAAGAACCUGGACCUUCUGUACAAGUACAUGGUGCACAAACUGUACGACUUCCACUUCACCACACCGGCCUUAGUGGUGGAGAAAGACGCCGUGUUCAUUCCGUCCGGGUGGGACAACGAGAAAAAAAUCUCCAUCUUACACGAAAACUUCACGACCGUCCGGCCGGAAGAUCCGUUUGAGGAUUUCAUCAUCAAGCCUCCAGUGCGCAAGUUAGUGCACGAUAAAGAGAUAAACGCUGAAGAUGAGCAGGUCUUCCUCAUGAAGCAGCAGUCUUUGUUAGCCAAGCAGCCGGCCACUCCAUCACGAGCAGCAGAAUCUCCUGCGCGGACGGCGUCUGGUUCUCCUCGGCCCACUGUACGCACCGGACCCACCAACGUGGCGAGUGUGUCUCCCAUGACGACCGUAAAGAAACCCGACCCCAACAUGAAAGGAGCUGCUGCAAACGAGGGUGUUUUGGCGAACUUCUUUAACAGUCUGUUGAGUAAAAAGACCGGAGCGCCUGGAAGUCCGGGAACAGCAGGAACAGCAGUGCAGGGAUCAGCCAAGAAAACAGGGCAGAAGCCGGCUCUGAGUGACGUGCAGGCUGAACUGGACCGCAUGACGCACAAAUCUGACUCCACCGUCACGGCCAAUCACAGCACAGCGCCGGAGAACGAGGCGUAAACACACCACAGAGAGACACACACACACACACACACACACACACACAUACACACACACACACACACACACACACACACACACUCCCUUCAUACCCUCUCUGGAAAACCUGAACAUAAAGCAUAUUAUGAAUAUAAUGACCAAAUUCCCGUGCUGAGAGUGCGUGUGUGUGUGUGUGUGUGUGUGUGUGUGUGUGUGUGUGUGUGUGUGUGUGUGUGUGUGUGUGCGCGCGCGCGCGCGCGUAAGAGUGUGUUUGUAAAAUUGGAGGUGAUUAGAUUUAUUUGAAGAUCAAUUCCAAACUUUACUGUUAAUUUUUUUGGUGAGAUUUAAACAAUGCACGUCCAUUCAGAGAGUGUGUGUGUGUGUGUGUGUGUGUGUGUGUGUGUGUGUGUGUGUGUGUGUGUGUGUUGAACUCCACACACUCAUGUUCCUGCAAACAUGCUGCUGUUUCUCGUUCUGCUUUACCUGAUGAUGGAAACAGGAAAGAAACAAAAGAAGAAGAGAAGGAGGAGUGUUGAAUCAGAGAGAGAGGCUGUGUCGGUGUGUGUGAGCGUUACCGUAGCGACGAUGCUGAACUGAUGUAUUUAUAUAUAAAGGAAAUGGGACGUUAAGAGCUUUCUCUCGCGUAACACCGCUGACGUCAUGACACUAAUCCGAUGCCUUUUUUGCGUAACUGAUUCUGUAAAUAUGCACAAAAUAGUAUUUGCUAUGGUCUCAUUCAUUUUUUUUUUUUUGUAUAAAGUUCAAAUUUAUGAAGAAAUCCUUCAGAUUUAGACUAAAGUAUUGGCAUGACAUGGAGCUUAUUUUGUUUUUGUUUACUUUUAUUUUUAUUUUGUUCCUCGACUCCCAAAGUGCCUGUUGUAGAGGAAAUGCACUGUAGCGCUGUCGGUCCAAACUUCCCUGUUUUCCUGCUAAUUUAUUAUUUUUUACAGAUUUCAGCUCUUAGAGAUUUUCCUCCUGGCCUCGCUGCGUCUGUCACAUGACAUCACCUCGCGUUAUAAACGUUUAUUAACGCGCUCUGUAUGUUUCAGUACUGCUUUAUCAUGCCCUCGUUCACUUCCCCUAAAUCACACGAGUGAGAGGUUUUCGUUCUGUGUGUGUGUGUGUGUGUGUGUGUGUGUGUGUGUGUGUGUGUGUGUGUGUGUGUGUGUGUGUGUGUGUAUGUGUGACGCUUAUUGAUGCUUUAACUACUCCACAAGCGUAUCAUUCAGAAUCCCACCGCCUGCUGCACCACACACAUCGCCGGCGACUCCACCUGUCCCAACGUUCUCACUCGUCUGAUUAAUCAGUGUGAACGGAUCACAGAUGAUCUCUACAGAAUCAGGAACACGGCGAGUUUAAACACGGGCACAAACCCGAGCACGCUGAAGUCCACGCGGCUACGAAAAUAGACGCUAAUCAGACUGGAAGAAUAUCUUCAUCGUAGCCGUAACGCUGGUCAGCGACUUUAUUUUUAAUAGAACACAAACUGCAUUAGAAACGGUUUUAAAAAGAGAAAAAUAAAUCGUCAUAAACCUGUUUCUUUAACGCACUUAACUCUAACUCAGAGUAUUAUAUUAUUAUAUUAUUGUUAUUAGAUUACGUUAGCGAGCACUUUCUAGCCUCGUCAGGUUCCAGCACUCAUCCGGCGGAAUGAAAUGGAUCAUUUCAAAACACAUUUCACAUGUUUUUUUCCUGCAUGGCAUCAGAUUAGCGCUCGCUACAACCCGACGACUGCGCUGAGCUGUUCAGGGAAGCAGCGUUUCUAUGGAAACACACUAAUCUAUACUGUUCUAUACUAUGACUUGAAUAUAGAGGAAGGUUUAACGUACGCAGAGUUAAAUCCUGACGUUAGUCUCCCGUAUCGACUGAAACUGGGGAAGCUGCUGAUGUUUCUCAGACGGCUUUCUUUAUAACAAGCGCUUUUUUUUUUUUUAUUCCGACUUUCCAUCUAGUAAGUAGCCCGAGUCAGAAUUUUAUGGAAUGUUGUGAACUGUACAGAAACAUUUCAGCUCAAUCACUUAAUACUGAACAGAUUUUAUUGGACCUGCUGAGACAUUUUUGACGCCAUUUUGUUUAAAAAAAAGUUAAUUGGUGCUGCAGUGCAUUCUGGGUAAACUCAGUAAUGACUGAAAAGCGAUAAACGAUUUAAAGUGAUUUCAGCUGAUAAACUUCAUGUAAGAUCUAAACUAACAGAGCGGCUCUUAAACUGGCAUCCGAGGACUCUUAUGAUUAUUAUGAUUAUUAGAGAAGUGGACGAGGGCGCGUGAUGAACAGUAUUGAAACACAGCCUCAUUUCCACUCCGUGUAUUUCAUCUGUGCGUCUUGGAUUAUUUCAAUCGUCAACACGUCGUCUCCAUUCUGCUUCGUAUAAUUAAAAAAAUAUAUUUAAAAAAAUCUAUAAAAAAAAGCUCAUGGAGUGUGUCAGUGUGAAACAUUCCUCAUUAUUCCACACGAGCUCCAUGUAGGAAAACGAUUCAUGAUGCUUCCGGUCUUAUUGUCUUUUCUCUUUUUGUUAUGAUCUCUGCUGAUCCUGUAUCAUAUCUGAUUACAUGUACAUUAAAAACAGACUUUUUUUGGAUUUAUUUGUGAGAAUAGAACAAAAUUCAGGACGUGAGAAUCGUGUCUGAAUCCUGAGAAGAAAAGAAAAUCUGAGCGACUCGGAAAUCUACAGAUUAAUAAAAAAAAGAAAAGAAGAAAAAAAAAAUUGGAACCAAAGAUGUGCGAUCUGUGUGUGUGUGUGUGUGUGUGUGUGUGUGUGUGUGUGUGUGUGUGUGUGUGUGUGUGUGUGUGUGUGUGUGUGUGUGUGAGAGAGAGAGAGAGUCAUGGUCGCGUCCCAAACACACCCCGGGUGGUGUUUCAUUUUAAUAUUUUUCUUCCACCUGGUGAAAUCGUCAUCAUUCCUGCACUCACGCUGUUUAUCUUCACUCGUCUUUCUCGCUGCGUUUAUUUCCAAAUCCUCUCUUACUAAAAAAAAAAAAUACUAAUAAUAAAAAAAUUCCCCUCUCUAUUACUUUUUGUUUCUUUAAGGGAAAAGACCACAAGGUGUGCAGAGUCUACUUUUUUAUUUUUAUUAAUUUUGCAUGGUUAUUAUUAUUAUUAUUAUUAUUAUUAUUAUUAUUAUUAUGCUGUAUAAAAAAAGAUUCCGAUGGAGAUUUGUAAGAUUUUCUUUCUUUCCUGCGCAUUUGCAAGCACACAGUCUGGACUAAUUCACAUGUUUAGUUGUUAAAGCACUUCCAAUAAAAGCGCAUUAUAAUAAACUCCAGUUACACUGCAGCUGUGUGUCAGUAAAUAAACUCACAUCCACAUUACUGCUAACAUUUUAUCACAGUUUAUGAUAUUAUUUGUGGAACGUGACGGUCUUUGGGGUUCCAUCAGGAGUGAUUGUAAGCCAGCGGAACGGUUUGUGCUGAAUAUCGUGAUUUUAUCGCGUAGCUGAUGAUCGACACGCCGUUCUGCUUUACAGCUCAGUUUCCUCACAUGUAUCUGAAACUCUUCAGUGUGUUUAUGGAAAAGCUGAAUUCUGUAAGUGAGAUGAAAUGAAGCCUUCGAAUGUGUUUUUAAUCAGAAUUCAGGAUGUGCAGAAGGAUCAGGCUUGUUUUUUUUUUUUUUUUUUUUUUUUAUUACAGUGAGUUUUGUAUGUAAAUUGAUCUCAAAGAAUAAAAAAGUUCAGUGUGUAAGACACGUCAGAUAGAGCAGGAUUUUUUAUUAUACGCUGUAUAAUGUGUAACUGAAGCACUUCCCCUCAUCAGCAGCAAACAGAACGAGUCCAGUUCCUGUAUUAACGGGUUUUCACACUUUCUCUGUGUAUUAAAUCGGUGUGACUGUACGCCUUUUUCCUGAUGCAGUAUAACGGUUCUGCAGAGUCGCUCGCUUUUCUGCCAAUAAAGCAAAAGGAAACAGCUUCAAUAAAACAUCCAGACUCCA